GGCAGCCAAAGCAACAAAAUUACUUCAACUUCUUUUUUGACCCCUUAUUAUAUAGUGGCAUGAAGGAGGAGAGGCCACGGAGUUGCAGCUUAUAAUACACAUCUAGAAGCACGUGCUUAGUUGACUCUCUUUCUCCCUCUCCCCGGCUGAUGAUCUUCUAUAUAUUGGGGUAGCUUGAAUGCACAAAAAACCAUAGAUAGCAGCCUCCGACUCCGUUUUCAGAUCAAGGGGGAGGAGAAUAAGGCAGAUCAGGGUAAUAUGAAGUGCACAAAGAGGCCAAAGAUUAUAUUGGUUCCGUACCCAGCACAGGGACAUGUUACUCCCAUGCUCAAGUUAGCCUCUGCCUUCCAUAACCGUGGAUUUGACACCAUCAUGGUCACCCCAGAGUACAUUCACCAUCAGAUUGUGUCGAGGUUAAUAGAAUCUAAGGACCAGACUCUGAGCAUGCCAAUACCUGAUGGGCUGGACAAGGCCACGCCGCGAGACUUCUUUGCCAUUGAGAUGGCUAUGGAGAAAAACAUGCCUGUUCAUUUGGAAGCCAUGGUUCGAAAGCUUGAUGAGGAUGGUGGCGUUGUGUGUAUGGUUGUUGACCUGUUGGCGUCGUGGGCCAUUGAAGUAGCCAACCGGUGCAGGGUCCCUGCUGCCGGGUUUUGGCCGGCAAUGCUUGCCACAUACCGAUUGAUUGCAGCCAUACCAGACUUGGUCCGGACAGGUCUUAUUUCUGAUGCAGGAAUUCCCCAACUUCUAGGCACAACUUGCUUACCUGAUCAACCAAUGCUGUCUACCGAAGAUGUGCCAUGGCUGGUUGGAAGUCUUGCAGCAAGGAAAGCAAGAUUCAAGUUCUGGACAAGAACCUUGGACAGAUCAAAGACUCUAAGAUGGCUCCUGGUGAAUUCCUUUCCUGAUGAAUACAUGAUCGAUGGAAAACAAACCCAGUUGGUCAAGAACUCUCAAGAUUAUCAUUCCCCACUCGUUUUCCCCAUUGGGCCAUUGAGCAAGCAUGCAGUUUCCAAGAAUCCUAGCUUCUGGGAAGAAGACAAGAGCUGUCUGGAUUGGCUGGACAAGCAAAAACCAGACUCUGUUGUAUACAUCUCUUUUGGAAGCUGGGUUAGCCCCGUUGGAGAAGGAAAAGUGAACAAUCUAGCACUGGCGUUGGAGGAAUCAGGGCGGCCAUUCAUAUGGGUGCUAGGGUGUGCAUGGCGUGAAGGGUUACCAGUAGGGUAUCUACAGAGGGUGGCCAUGCAAGGCAAGGUGGUUUCAUGGGCACCGCAAAUGGAAGUAUUACAGCACAAGGCUGUGGGGUGUUACCUCACACACUGUGGGUGGAACUCAACAAUGGAGGCUAUCCAAUGCCAGCAGCGCCUUCUUUGCUAUCCAGUUGCAGGAGACCAGUUCGUAAACUGUAAAUACAAUGUUGAGGUAUGGGGAAUUGGGGUGAAACUCAAUGGGUUUGGACAAAAAGAUGUAGCAGAAGGCUUGAGAAGAGUGAUGGAUCAGGACAGUGAGAUAUGGAAAAACAGGUUGAGAAGGCUAUACGAGAGAACAAUGGGAGAGGAGGCUAAUUCAAGAGUAUUGUCUAAUCUUAAAGCCUUCAUCGAUGAUCUCAAGAGUAUAACAUCAUGAUCAGACUCCUAUUUAUAAACCCAGUAAUGCUACAUAAAGUCGUGGAGUGCACAAAUACCUUGCAGUCGUUUUCAAAAAGGAUGAGAUCUACUAUUAACA